AUGUUGGUUUAUGACUAUCUGUUGACCCUGCGCUGUGGUGUUGUUGAGAUUAUUAAGGUUCAUUACAUCUUUCAGAUGGCCAGCCCAUUCAUAAGACACUGUACAACCACUACCACAACUAAACUGUCCUGUAACCAACGGUGUCCAAACUGAUUUCCUUCUGCCCAUCAGACAUGGAUGGAUCACCUGUUUUCAUCCUGGGGACAGUCCUAUACAAGACUCUGGGACUGAUGCUGCCUUCACCAAGGAACCACACGGCAGUGAGCUCCAAAGUCAUUGCUGUCACAGUGAGACCAGAGCCCAGGAUAACAGAGUCACACCUGGAGAUCGAGCUGGCUCACCUGGCCAACGGAACCCUGAGUCCUUACUGUGCACUGUGGGAUAACAGCGUCAUGAACGAUUCUUGGGGAACCUGGUCGAGUAAAGGAUGUAAAACCGUACUAACCGAUGCAUCCCAUACAAAAUGCUUAUGUGAUCGUGUAUCUACCUUCGCCAUUUUGGCACAGCAACCAAGAGAAAUAACCAUGGAGUACUCAGCGGUCCCCUCUGUGACUUUGAUCAUUGGUUGUGGUCUGUCCUGUCUCGCCUUGAUCCUGUUGCUAGUGGUCUAUGCUAUUCUAUGGAGUACUUCCCGUUAUUCCAGAUAUAUACGGUCCUGA